AUGCUUGUCUCAUCAGCCACCCCUGAUUCCCCGGUCGAUGAUUCCUUGGCCCAGGAUGUAGUGCUCGAGACUCUGCACAUUGAAGCGAAAAAGAACACGGCUGGGCCUGUGGAGGUGGUCAAAGAUGGACUCGUCGAGGUCAAUGUCGCCGAUGUGAACGAGGAGACCGAGGACAGCCCGGCAGUAGGCAUAGCAAAGGCGGUAUUGCAAAUCCUGGCCGACUACACCGUCAAUUGCCAGAGGGGUGGACCCAUGUCGUGGGAGGAUGUGGAGGGCUUUCUCCCGACAAUCACCAACUUCGUGCAGAAACAAGAGCCCGUUCAGAUGGAUAAAACCCUUGGUGUUCUCCCGGAUUUCGGGGAAGAGUUAGCCUUGCAUCACCUUAACGGGCUAUGCCUGAACAUCGCCCAAGUAUAUUCACCCGGGGCAGAGGUACAUAUUGCCUCGGACGGCCUUGUAUAUAAUGACAUACUCGGGGUCCCCGACAAGGUGGUUUGGGACUAUGGCGAAGCAUUACGCCAGAUCGCCGUCGCCCGGAACCUGGCACAUAUCCGAUUCAUUCGCCUGGCCGACCUGCUGGGUCAUCCCGGAUCGACGAAAGAGUUCUACUUCUUGACCAAGGAUCUCGCCCAUCGCCCGAAGCUGGCCAAGUCCAAACGGGCGCGAGCCGAGGAGAUCUCGCAGACGGCGCGGCGCAUGCUCGCGCGCGGGCAGAUCUACGCCUCGGCCAUCAAGGCCCAACGCGGGGAUUAUGUGCGCCUCUCCAUCCACGAAUCGACGGCCAGCCGCAAGCUGUCCGUCUCGCUGCUUCCGCAGGACAAGAUGCGCUCGAUCGGUCACACGCCGUGGCAUGCCUGCGUCGUGGUCUGUCUGGAUGGCACCUACCGCACCGCGCACGCCGACCAGGUGCGCGACACCCACGAGCUCGUCUACAAGGACGGCCGCCCGUAUUGCUACCGGGAGCGCUCGGAGCUCUUCAACUGGACGCAGGACGGUCUGGGCGUCCAGUUCAAGCAUCUCUACCCCUGCGGCCUCGUGAUCCGUCCCACCGUGGAGAGCGAUGCGCCGGCCCCCGCCAUCCAGUCCAUCCCCAUGCGCAAGGUCCGCCAGCUCUCCCACCACUUCUCCCCCGUCCUCUGUCGGGGGUUCGCCCGCACCGAGGACGAGGCGGUUUUCAUUCGAUCCGCCGAGACACUGGGGGAGGUGCUGCCGUGGACGCACGGGAUCAUCAAGAAGGUCAAGGACUCGAAGCGGGCGGACAAGCUGAACAACAACGUGGAGUCGAGCGAGGCGAUGCCGAUGCACUUCGACGGGAUGUUCAAGUUCGAGCACGUCACCGACCCGGUCACCGGCGCGACCGAGCGGCGCCAGGCUUUUCCCAGAUACCAGUUCUUCACCUGCCAGAUCACCUCCCCCAACGACGGGUUCACCCUCUUCGCCAGCUCCCGGCUGCUGCUCCGCCACCUACCCCACCCCUGGACUGUCGACCAGCUGCGGACGCUGACCUGGGGCAUGGACAACGACGGCUUCUGGGACGCCCAGAUCCACCACCUGCCCUUGCUCGUCACGCACCCGGUGACCGGCCGGCCAUGUCUGCGCUGGCACCAGCCGUGGGACGCCAGCCAGACCAAGUUCUCCACCUGCGUGGUGACCAUCGAGAACGCCGCGGACGGCGGCGCCCGCCUGAUCCCCGUCAUCGACCGACUUCUGUAUGACUAUCGCGUGUGUCUGCGGCUCGCGUGGGAGGUGGGCGAUGUGCUCGUCAACGAUGGCACGGCCAUGCUGCAUACCCGCACCGCGUAUCAAAACAAUGCGGAUCGCGAGCUGUGGCGAAUUCAUUGUGAUUGA